UUCAUGUGCCUCGCAUCAUAACACAUCAAAAAAUGGUUUCAUUAUUAUUUACAAAAGAAUUAUUUAUAAUAAUAUUUGUGGUUACAAUAUGUUUUAAAACUAUUAAUGGUCACUAUUGGGUUGAGAGUCGGUCUUGGACAGAUCCAUCAUGUGAAAAGUGGUCUUAUGGUCUUAUUAAUAAUCAAGAAGUUGUGUUGAAGUGUUCAAGUUACAUAGAAAAAAAUGGUGUGUGCCCUUUGACAAACUGUCAAUUCCCGGAUUUACCCAAUCCCCAUCAUUGGAAUACUGAUUAUCUUAGUUGUUAUGGUGAUAGGAACUGUCCAAAUGGAUUUAAAUGUUGUUAUGAUGCUUGUUUCUUCCGGUACAUCUGCAGAAAAUGGUUAAAGUAUCCUAAGGAAGGGAAUACAACAACAUCAACAACAACUGAAGUAGCUGUAACUAAUGCAACAACAACAACAACCAUAACAACUUUACCUCCUGAACAAUCGCCAACUCCGGUGAUUACAUCACCAACAACAACAGUAGCUACUUUAGUAACUACAAUUAAUACGGAUAGUCCUACAACUGAGACAACAACAGAAGCAGUAACAGAAACAACCACAACAACAACACCUGAAACAACUACUGAAACAAGAACAGACACAACGACGGAAACAACUAUUGACACAACAACAGAAAUAACCACUGAAACAACAACUGAUGAGGCUACAACUGAAGAAUUCUUAGAAAGCAGUGGAAGUGGCAGUGGUAGCGGUAGUGGUAGUGGAGAUAUGAAUGAUGACACCGAAUCUGGAGCUGAUGAUGACGAAAAUAUACCUCCAGCCGCCAAAAAUCGUAACAUCUACUAA